UUUGACAACGAAUCUCCGUAUUCUAUCAUGUUUGGUCCUGAUAAGUGUGGGGCCACAAACAAAGUACACUUCAUUUUCAAACACAAGAAUCCCAAGAGUGGGGAGUAUGUNGAGCACCAUCUUAAGCAUCCCCCUUCUGUCCCUUCNGAUAAAUUGUCUCAUGUUUACACGGCUAUUUUGACGCCUGACAAUGAGGUGCAAGUUUUGAUAGACGGGGAACAGAAGAAGAAGGCAAACUUCUUAAGUGCUGAUGAUUUUGAACCUCCUCUUAUCCCUCCCAAGACAAUCCCAGAUCCUGAGGAUAAGAAGCCGGAGGACUGGGAUGAGAGAGAGAAAAUUCCAGACCCAAGUGCGGUAAAGCCAGACGACUGGGAUGAGGAUGCACCCUUGGAAAUUNUUGAUGAAGAAGCUGAAAAACCUGAAGGAUGGUUAGACGAUGAACCUGAUGAGAUAGAUGAUCCAGAGGCAACAAAACCNGAAGAUUGGGACGAUGAGGAGGACGGUGAAUGGGAAGCCCCAAAGAUUGAGAAUCCAAAAUGCGAAGCCGCCCCAGGCUGUGGUGAGUGGAAGAGGCCAAUGAAGAGGAAUCCUGCUUAUAAGGGAAAAUGGCAUGCNCCACUUAUUGAAAAUCCUGCUUAUAAGGGUAUAUGGAAGCCUAGGGAUAUUCCAAACCCUGCUUACUUUGAACUAAANAAACCUGAUUUUGAGCCAAUCGCUGCUAUUGGUAUCGAGAUUUGGACAAUGCAAGAUGGCAUUUUGUUUGACAACAUCUUGAUAGCUAAAGAUGAUAAAAUUGCUGAGUCGUAUCGGGAGACUACUUGGAAAUCCAAGUUUUCAGUUGAAAAAGAAAAACAGAAGGCAGAAGAAGCUGCAGCUGGAUCGAGUGGUCUUGCUGGAUUCCAGAAGAAGGUAUUUGACCUCUUAUAUAAGAUCGCAGACAUUCCCUUCCUGAGUGCCUAUAAGCCUAAAAUCCUUGAUCUCAUCGAGAAAGGUGAAGAGCAACCCAAUCUCACGGUUGGCAUUCUUGUGGCCAUUUUGGUUGUCUUCGUGUCAAUUUUCUUCAGAAUC